AUGGCAGUUACAGUUUGCUGUAACAAUGGUGGCUCCUUCUCAACACAGAAGGUUUUGGAAGUUGAGAGAAAAAUAAAACAUCUUAGAAGGCACUCCUUAAAAACAAUCCAGAGUGAAGAUGGGGAUGUUAUUGAUUGCAUAGAGAUUAAAAAGCAACCGGGAUUUGAUCAUCCUGCAUUGAAAGAUCACAAAAUUCAGAUGGCUCCAACUUAUAAUUUAGCUAAGGAGGACAUGGAAGAGGAUAGUGCUAGUAGUAAUACCAAGAAUGGGAAUAUGAUGAAUUCACAAGCAUGGCAGAAAAGUGGAACAUGUCCAGAGGGAACAAUACCUGUUCGGAGAAUACGAAAGAGGGAGCUGCUCAAGGCUCAUUCCAUUGAAGAAUUUGGAAGGAAGAAGCCAAACUUCUCUCGUAGACAAGUUGGUCAGCUGAACCGGAAUCUUGAUUCCUAUGUUGCGCGACAAAACCAUUCUAAGGCAAUAUUGUUCACUGAAGGGUACCGGUUCCUGGGAGGUAAAGGAGACAUUAAAGUAUGCUGGCCUACUGUUGAAAAGGACGACGAGUACAGCACUUCCCAGGUCUCUCUCUUAAAUGGGGAAGCUUACAAUGACUAUGAGUUGGUUGAAGCCGGAUGGAUGGUCAAUCCAGGUGUGUAUGGAGAUAGGUCGACUCGGUUAUUUGUAUAUUGGACGGCUGAUGGUUCAAGGAAAACAGGUUGCUUUGAUCUGACUUGUCCUGGGUUUAUUCAGACUAGUAAUGAAAUUGCCUUGGGGGCAGCAAUUUCUCCAAUAUCAUUGCCGGGUGAUCUUGGAUACACAAUAACUAUUUCUAUCUAUAAGGUGAGAUAUUUAUAUUGA